AUUGAGUAUCCGUUGCACAGCUUCUUUUGAAACUUAUAGUGGAGACGUGGUUGAAGGGUUUUGUGCAAGUUUUUAAACAAGUCAUCUCGUGGGUUUUGGUGUGUGAAACCUGACAGAGUGUGAUUUGGAAUUCAUUCUUGGAAGUCGUUAUCUCUGCCGCAAAUAACCUUUUUCGUGUGGGAAGGCUCUUGCAAGGCGUUCUGUUGAAUAUUUCAUCCUCGUAAGCCCUGUGGCCCGGCCGGCUGAAUGGCUCAGUUCGUGUUUGAGAACGACAUGCACAGCCUGUUGAAGCUGGACAUGCCGAUCACGAACGCGCCCAUGGCUCGCUGGCAGCGGAAGUCGGCAUCUACCAACACCAGCGUCCUGUCACCGAGCAAGUCGAUGAACAGGUCCCUCAGCAAAUCAAAGACUCCCAAUAAGACGCCAGGCAAGAACGGUAAACUGCAGUGCACACCCUCCAAAGUGGGCGGUGACCGCUACAUUCCCAGCAGAAACAACAAGCAGAUGGAUGUCGCCAGUUUCUUGCUCUCGAAGGACAAUGAGCCUGCAGAUCCCAAUGCGUCUACAGAGAUGCAGAAGGCUUGGUCUGUGAACCUCAAUGGUUAUGAUGUCGAGGAGGCAAAAAUCCUGCAUUUGGGAGGAAAGCCCUUGAAUGCCCCAGAAGGUUAUCAGAAUAAUCUGCGAGUCCUCUACAGCCAGGUCACCACCCCGGUGUCUAUGAAAAAGAGCAGAUACAUUUCCACUGUACCUGACCGAAUUCUUGACGCCCCAGAUCUGAGGAAUGACUUCUACCUGAACUUGCUGGACUGGAGCAGCCAGAACCUCCUGGCUGUGGCCCUGCACAACAGCGUGUACCUGUGGGAUGCCAGUCAGGGGGACAUCACUCUGCUUAUGAAGAUGGAGCAGGAGCAGGAUUACAUCUGCUCAGUCAGCUGGAUCAAAGAGGGAAAUUACCUGGCUAUAGGCACAAGUGAUGGCAAAGUUCAGCUCUGGGAUGUGGAGAAGCAGAAGCGUCUACGCAGUAUGGCCAGCCACACAGCACGCGUGUGCUCCCUCAGCUGGAAUAACCACAUCCUGUCCAGUGGCUCCAGGUCUGGCCACAUCCACCACCAUGAUGUCAGGAUGCCUGACCACCACAUCUUCACAUUGACUGGCCAUUCCCAGGAGGUCUGUGGACUGAAGUGGUCACCAGAUGGCAAGUACCUGGCAAGUGGCGGGAACGACAACUUGGUGUAUGUGUGGCCAGGAGUGACAGAAGGUGGAAAUCAGGGAGCCAUCAACUGCUUCACCAGCCACCAAGGGGCUGUUAAGGCUUUGGCCUGGUGUCCAUGGCAACACAACAUCCUUGCUUCGGGAGGGGGCACCAGUGACAGGCAUAUCCGCAUUUGGAACACUCACACUGGGACUUGCACUAAUUCCUUGGACACACAGUCUCAGAUUUCAUCUUUGGUGUUUGCACCAAACCACAAGGAACUUGUGUCUGGUCAUGGCUUCGCGUGUGAUGGCCUGGUGAUCUGGAAGUAUCCGUCCAUGACUAAAGUGGCAGAGUUUCUGGGACACGAAGCAAGAGUUCUGAACCUGGCCCUGAGUCCUGACUGUUCCACCGUCGCUUCAGUGGCUGCUGAUGAAACUGUUCGCUUGUGGAAGUGCUUUGAACUCGACCCCUUAACAAAGAAGGCAAAAGAGAAGAUGGCGAAGUCGACCAACAGCAUCAUUCACCAGGGGAUUAGAUAACUAAAUGGCUGUUCUCUGAAUGUUGUGACUCCCUCUCAAAUUUUAAAUUUUCAGUAAAUAAAGAUUUGACUUCCAGUGCCA